GACUGGAAAACAGAAUGACUAGACGACCUGCUGGGGGUGGACGCCAACGCAUGUUCACGCAACAGCAGGAACUUGCCAUAGUGAACCUAGUCAGAGCAAACAAUGCAAUCCGUCUCCACCAGCUACAGCAACAAAUACUUGCAGAUAGACAAGUAUUCAACAACAUAAAUCGAGUAAGCAUUACAACUAUCAGACGGAUCUUGGUAAAGCACCACAUGACCAUGAAGCAACUGUACAGGGUCCCAUUUGAGAGGAACAGUGUCAGGGUCAAAGAACUUCGACAUGAAUAUGUGCAGAGAAUCUUGGACAUGGAUGGGGCUGCCCAGCCGCAUGAAUGUAUUUACAUUGACGAGGCUGGAUUCAACCUUAGCAAAAACAGACGACGGGGACGUAAUAUCAUUGGCCAAAGGGCAAUUUUGCACGUCCCAGGGCAGCGUGGGGGAAAUAUCACUUUGUGUGCUGCCAUAAGUCUUCGAGGGCUACUGCACCAUCAUGCCAAACUGGGUCCCUAUAAUGCACAACACAUAAUAACAUUUCUAGAUGCCCUUCAUGAUGCAGUUGUACAGGAUGGACCAGAGCAGCCCAGGUUUGUUGUUGUCUGGGAUAAUGUCAGUUUCCAUCGGGCUGCUCUGGUCCAGGACUGGUUCACAAACCAUGAUCAAUUUGAAAUUCUGUAUUUGCCCCCUUACUCGCCAUUUUUAAAUCCUAUAGAGGAAUUUUUUUCCGCUUGGAGAUGGCGUGUAUAUGACCGCCAACCACAUGCCCGUAUGCCUCUUCUGCAGGCAAUGGAGCAGGCCUGCAGAGACAUUGAGGUGAGGUCAAUCCAGGGAUGGAUUCGGCACACAAGGGGAUAUUUUCCCCGAUGCUUAGCAAGAGAAGACAUUGCUUGUGAUGUUGAUGAGAUCCUGUGGCCAGACCCCAACAGACGGCAGGAUCCAUAAGCCCACUUGCGCACAAUUGUG